AUGCCCCCUCUCAACAAUACGCCGGUCAUCUACUGCAUGAUCCCCGGGGCGGGAGACGAAGGACGGCAUUUCUUCCCGACAGAAGCCUCGCGCGUUGACCGAGACGUCGUCGAUCUGAUAGAGCAUCAACCCCCUGCGUUCUAUCUACGAAGCCAGUGGCCAGCGGAGAUUUUGAUCCCUGAGGCUGCCGACGAAGUCGAGGGCCACAACACGUACGGCCAAGUCCCGAAUUGUUUCGAGCUGCCAGACGAGGAAUACUCCCUUCAUCUGGCCUAUAUACACGCGCUCUAUCGAGGGGUGUUCAAAGGCGCCUGGGCUACCGGCACUGGCCUCCAAGCUUUCCUGAAAAUUGUCGUCCGAGGUCAAGAACACUGCACCGCGGUGAUCGAUAACGAGUUCCGAGUACUGGGAUAUCCUAUACCCCAAGUCUGGAUAUCCGAGAGAGACGUGAAUGGCAUAUACAAAGGCCAUGAGUUCUGCCCCGGCACUACGCCUUGGAAUGCCGAGCACGCGCAGGCCAAGUUCAAUAGGGACCUCAAGGGGCGACGCUUCUGGGUUGCCGUCUUUAAUUUUACGGACCCUCGCGACAUCCAUUCCGGCAGGCACUGGGCCGUGACGAUCUUUGACCGACGGGCUUCCUGCCUCCUUUAUAUCGACUCUGUGGAGGUAUCCCGAGGCGAGCGGGCGAGAUCUGCCGCCAUCAUGUGGCGCCAAUUCCUUCAUAACCUCUACCUGCCCUAUAAGUUCCUCCUGAUCGUCCCGCCUAUGACGCCUCAAGAUAACGAGUGGGCCUCUGGAUAUCUCGCGGUAUUCGAGGCCCUUUUAAUCCUUCGAGGAAUCGAGGUCGACGCUGGCCGCGCAAGCCCAGGCACCGACGAAUACGUCAACGUUCUUACGAGCCGUUGUGAACUCCACUGGGCAGAUUGGUCUAAUUUGGGUUUUACUGGCAAGGCUGCCAUUAAAGCUAUGAAGAAUGUCAUGAUAAAAGUGAUGGCGAACGAGCUGGGAGUUGAGCGCGGAAUGAAAGGAGAAGACGGCGGGUACCACAAUAUUAACUUCGAAGACUUCAAGACCAUGGACCUCACCAGCCUGCGCACAAUUUCUGCGGCCAAGAUCAUGGAAUUGCAAGCGAAAAUUGAUGCCGCAAACGAGCGGCUGAGAGCCGCCGGUCUUGAAGAAGUCCGUAAUGAGGGCAUCAAACUCGCUCCACAGCCGGACUUCGCCCGCGAAUUUCGAGAAGCUGCUCAGGAUAAAGUUAAGUGGACGGAGGAUUGGAUCGAGCGCGCAAACCCCAUGAAGCAGGCUGUCUCUCCCGAUCCUGAUCAUUGCAGCGAGCAUCUUUCCCAGCUAGGACUAGAACCUACCGAAGAUGACGGGUACUCAACCCUACGCGUGGACACGGAGCGCGUGCAGGGUGCCGAGUUUGUCCCCAUGAGCCGUGAGAUCUGGGCUGGCAUCAUGGCUAAAAACGAAGCGCGUGAGCGGAAGAAUAAGCGCUUGUCUCUAACCACUGCCUGGCCGAGAGAGCUUUAUCCUGCCAGACGUGAGCCGACCGGCUUCUAUACCAAUUCCCACGGCAGUGUGAUAGAUCUUGUCCCGGAUGGUCUCAUGGACCUUAGAGCCUGGACGGAAGUAUAUGAGCGCUUCAGAUCACAGGGUGUGGAUCGUACGAGGCAGGCGGAGGAGCGAGAGGCCCGGCAUGAGCGACGUGCCCAGAGACAGGAUGGCGGGCAGCCAAGAGGCGGCAAUCCUACCUCCUGA